AAGAAGAAGACAACAUUAUAAUAUUCACGCAAUCGCAUUUGUACGAUCAACUGGUUCGGAAACGAUGAGUGCUAAAACAAGGUCGCCGUUCUCAGCUCAGAAUUCUAGAUCCCCAAGUAAACCUUCUGGAUCUGCCAAGUACCAGAGAAAAACCCCACCAUCGGUCAGAAAUCAUGUUCAUAGUGCAACAAAUGGCAGAGUUGCAUCAACUAGAAAUAAAACAGUUUCUAAGGAGCACAAUGACAGCGAUACAGAGCAAGAUGUGUUGAUGAUCAAUAUUCCCUCUGCUGGUGAUGUGAUGAGGGAAAGAGAAAGCAAUGCAGUAACAUGUGAGAUUGAUCCACAAAAAAUUUUACAACAGUCGGGGGAGAUUAGUUAUCAAAACAUUUAUGAAUGUAAUUUACAUGCUUCUAACAUUGGCAGGAUAAAUAACUUAGAAAAGUUCAUCAAACUGAGAAUAUUAGAUCUUUCCUGUAAUCAUAUAAAACAUAUUGAAAACCUUGACAGAAAUACUGAUCUCAGGGAGUUGAAAUUAUAUGGCAAUCAAAUAGCAGAAAUUCAAAAUAUUAACGGAUGCCGUGAAUUAUGUAAUCUUCUUCUUCAGCACAACAGAAUCAAAACUUUAGGAAAAGGCUUGUCAUGUCUUCGGAACCUGAAGAUGAUGAGAUUGGAUAAUAAUCAGAUAUCUAGGAUAGAAUCUCGGGAAAUCACAUCAUGUGGCCAUUUAACAUAUCUAGAUAUUAGCAAUAAUCGAAUUGAUAACUUAGUAAGUUUUAAUUGUCUGCAAAAUCUUAUAGAGCUUUAUGCAUCGGGUAACAGAAUACAAAGUAUAUCUGACCUUAGUAGAUGCAGAAAGCUUCAAGAUCUUGAUGUUUCUAAUAAUAGAUUGACUGACAUAUCAGGACUGAAAGGGUUACCUAAUCUUAUGAACCUAAAUGUUGCCAAUAAUAGUCUUACGAAUGAUCGAUUGAAGGCAGUCGGUAAACUUCAAUGUGGACUAUGCAAAAUAAGCAAUCUUGUAGAGUUAUUUAUCUCAGGCAAUCCAUUCGCUGCAGAGGGUGGUGAAAAACAGAGCUAUAUCCAUGAACUACGUACUUUGCUGCCAAAAUUGGAAAUCCUGGAUGGUGUGCCUAUGAGGAGGAUAACACAAAGAUCUGCCCCAGUGAUGAGACCAAUGUCAGCAACCUCAGCUGUCAGCAGUAGGCAAGUUGAAAACCAAAUCAGAUCUGUGGAACAAGAUAUUGUGUCAUUUGAAUCUUCCCUUGCAUCAAGGUUUGAGAAUCUUCGAACCACGGUAGAUACAUUGCCAUUAGAGGCACCAAGUAGACUUGGUAAUGAUAGCGAUGUCAGUUCAAGACCAGGCACUUCUAGUGGUAGAUGCAGUGUGAGAUCCAGAAUAUUCCAAGCCAAAGCGUUUGCUGAUGAACAUUUUUAA